AAGAAUCUUAGUAUGUCUCACUUUAUUGGGGAAGCAAAAAAAGCAGUGAAAAUUGAAGACACCAAGAAUAAUGGGUUUUGCAAUGCAAUGCUCAAGUUAUGCCUAUUCUUGUUGUGUCCCUCAUCGGUUCACCCCAACCGCCCUAUCUUUUCCAGCUUGCAAAUGGAACGGAUUCAAGACCCGACCAAAGAAUCAGAUUGCUGUAUUCUGUGGUGCCGAGGACCGAAGCCCCAACUUUGAUUCUCACAGGAAAAGAAGAAAAGUUGUGGAGCACAUUUGUCUGCUCAAAGCAAAAGAGGCUUUGUCCGAAGAAGAAGAGAAUGACAUGCUUGAUUAUUUGUAUACAACCCAGUAUCAAAUGGGUGGUAUUAUUGCAAUUUCAUUAGGGCGCAUUUCUGCUCAGAAUCCUGACCACUAUACUCAUGCCCUGUACAUGCGGUUUCAGAAGAAGGAAAAUCUUGAAAAGUUUUAUGAGAAUUCCUUUUACUCGAAGGUUCUCAAAGACCACGUAAUGACUUACUGCCAUGGAUUAAUUAAUGUGGAUUAUGAAUCUGAAGUCGAUGAUGACAUGCUUUCUAUUUUUCGCAAAGGAGAGGAGUUUAGCCAUGGAGUGGAGUUUGUUCUUUUGUUAUCAUUUAAUGAGGAUGCCUUAGGUAACAAGGUGGAACAUGCAUUGGUGUCUUUGGCAACAGUAAUGUCGGAAUCUCCUUCUUUGAUAGUACAAUUCACGCAAGGUUUGAAUUUCAAUGAAAGCUCUAAGGAGUAUACUCAUGGAGUAGUGAUCCGAUUUCGAUCAGUUGAGGCAUUCAAGAUCUUUUUACGCAGUCAAGAAUACAAAGAUGUAUGGAUAUCGAAGUUGCAGCCUAUAGUCCUGAAGUCACUGUCUCUUCAUUUCUCUGUUGAUCCAGUGGGAACCGAGCUUAUGUAGUGAGGAUAGUUUAUGUUGGUCUGUCACACUUUAAUAUGAGGUCAGAGAAGCUGUAGCAAUGAUAGAGGCAAAACUAAAUUAAUAUUAACGAAAUGGCGAAAAUGCCCAUUUUUAUCAUAGGUAGAUUUGCAGCCAGAUCAUUGAUUAAACUAGUUGACAAUUCAUAGAGGAUCAAUCAGUUUCGGAAUUUCAGUCAAAUGAUUCAAAUAGUUUGGAGAAGAAGAUACUGCCGAAUCAAACCGAGUUUUUCAAUAAUACUGUCUUCCAAGUAGGUGUGGAGUGCCAACUUAAAACACUCCUUACAAAAAGAUGAGAAUGUUGACUUUAGAGUAUAGUUUAAGUAAUAAUAUAAAUCUAAAUCAUUCAUAAAUUAAUUAGUAAUUGGUAUCACAUACACGUAUAUAAUAAAUGAUGAAUGUGUUGAAAUUUCAACAUUUUUUUCUCCUGGCUCC